AUGGCUGGGGAUACGCCGCGCCGGCGCCGCGGCUCGAGGGGGCCGGAGGCGGAGGAGGCUCCGACGCAGGCCGUCGAAAUAAGCGACCUGCUGCGCCACCUGAACCCGACGACGGUCGGUCUCGUCCUCCGCAGUCUGCCGGCGGGUGCGCGCGAAGUAAAAGCCUCGAACGCCGCACCGUCCGCCUCGGAAGGCGGCGCGCGAGCGCCUGCCCUCGACGCGGCAAACGCCGCUGCGCCGCCGGAGAGUCUGAAAUCCGACGCCCUGAGCGUGGCGGUGUACGUACACCGCAUGGUCGCGCCGGGCGACGAGGGGGGUAGCGCGCAGGUGGCGGACGCAGUGCAGGAGUUGGACUUUGUGUUGAAAGACCUCGACGACGCGAUCAAGAAAACCGUGAUGCUCUCUCGCGGGCGGAGUUCUGCGAGGCGCAGAGAACCUCUGGGCCUCGAGGGAGGGAGCGACAACGGGCGAGGCGCGCGGGCGUCGUCGUCUGCGACCCCUUCUGAAGAUCUUCCUGCGCUCGCAUCGCUUCUUUUUCUCCUCGGCAAAGAGGGCGCGAAGGACGGUCGGUGCCGCAGAGAGCCCGAUCCGAGCGAGGAAAGGACAAGAAACGAAAACGGCGAUGAAGAGGCAGAGCGAAUGCUGCUGCAGGUCCUUCGCGACUCAGACGAAGAGAGCGAAGCAGGCGAAGGGCGCGGACAGGAAGCCCUGGCCGGAGGCGCUGUGGGAGUUUUUCCGCCGAACGAGGCGGACAUCGACGGCGCGCUUCUCAUCGAGAAGGCGAAGGAGGAAAUCGAUGCCCUCCACGCAGAGACAACGCACCUUCAAACAGAGAUUGACGCGCUCUACAACGGGGUUGAAGACGAGAUUCGCGUCGCCUCGAGGCUCCUCUUUGUCGAGCAGGUGCUGCGGGCGGCGCUGCAGUUCCUCAGCGCCUUCACGCUUCUUCAAAAAGAGUCGGAUGCGGCGACGAGGGCGAGUCGCGUGCAAAAGCUUCUGUCUCUUCUACACGCCGAGCACGCGCCACCUUCGGAGACCGCGACCGCCGAGCUCCCUUGGGGCGCGCUGGAGGAGAAGGGCGAGACAAGGGCAUCUCAGGCUGCGAAAUCGGCAAAAGGCAAAAAGUCGACUCUCGCCCUCGCGGAUUUGCGGACGCUGGCGCCCCUGGUCUCCCGUGUGCAGAAAGAGGCUGUCCAUCUGCGAACAGCCGCGCGCCAUCAGCUUCUUGAGGCUCUCGAGACCCUGUCUUCGCUGGGUCUCGCGUCUGCGCUGGACGUGUUCUGUCUGCUCGGGCAGCUUUGGGAGCAGGUCGAGGCGCUGCUCCGCAACCUGGUAUCGGGUGUAUGUACAGCGUUUCCCAUCAAGCCUCUGCAGGCGGAGGCGAGCAAAGUCCCGCCGCCGGCGCCGGCCUCGGGGUCGUUUGCCUACUCCUCUUCGCUGGACGCGAGCGGAAAAAGCAUUCCGCCGUGUCUGUCGCGAAAUCGCUUCGAGAAAAAGCUGACUGAGGAAGUCGAGGCUUUCUUCGCGCGCCUCGAGGACCGGCUGAAGCGCGCCUCGCUUGCAGAUCAGGUGUUGGCAGUCGGCGCCGACCCGGUGACGCAUUGCCCGUACACCGCGGUCCUUGCGUCCAGCGGCUUCCGCUCGACGCUGAGUGAAGAGGCCUGGCGGGCGUCGUCACUGCAUCUCUCCGGCUUUCUGCGUCAACUCGCGGGAUUUGCGUCGCCCUCAACGGCACUUCUUUCGCUCUUUGAGCGCGAGACUGCCGCCCGCGAUUACAGGAGGCGACGCGCGCGGAGGCGAGCUGAAGAAGGCGCGCGGAGCGCAGAGGAAGAAUCAGAGGGGGGGCUUUCCGCGGAGGGAAGCGGCGCGCCAGGCCGGCGAGAGAGCGAAGAGGACCCAGCCGAGAGAGAGAAGGAGAUAAAUAUCUUCACAGAUGCUCUCGCGCCUCCGCAGCUCGCCGUCGUGGACGCCACACCGCUGGUCACCUUCCUCAUCCGCUCUUUCCUCCGCCGCAUCGACGACGUCGCGCGCGCCGGCGCCCUUGCUAAGGCGCCAAGUGAGACGCAGCGCGGCGUUCUGUUGGCUGCCACGUCUCCUUUGCGUCAGGUGUACGUACACCUGUUCGCGGCGCGCCUGGACGCUCUGCUGGCGUCUCUUUUUUCGCCAAAGUGUCUCUCUCAGCUUCGCUUGUUCUUGUGGCGCUCCUCUCUCCCCCUCGCCUCGUCGCUGCUUUUGCUACCGCUCGCGUCUUUCGCCUCUGAGGCCGCGGAGACGCGCCGCGACGGGCUGCGCGACCUCCUUCGCGCCCUGGACCCGAUCGCCCACCUACCGUCCUCGCACGACAUCCACGCCUUCAUGGCGACGGCCUUUCAAGAAUUGGAACGCGCUCGAUCAAGCACAGAUGCGGAGUUGCUUGAACAGGUCUUGGAUGUGUUCGAGGAUGCGUUAGACGCAUUCAUUCUUCUAUGCGGCUGUCAACUGGGCGACGGCGUCGAGACUGUCGACUUCGUUGAUCCUUCCGGCGACCGUCUCCUUCGGCGGCUCCCGCCCGCGUCACCGGCGCGCGUGCGCCUGUCGAAGGUCUUUGCGCUCUUCGUCGGGAUCGAGGACGCGCUGCGCAGUUGUUUUGAAAGAAAUCCGCACCUCCUCCUGCUGCUGCUCCGCGUCCCCUUCGCAGGCUGCCUCUCGGCGGUGCCGCCCCGUCGCGAACAAGUUCUCUACAUCGCGAGUCAGUUUCUGUGCCUCGCGCAAAGGGUGCCCGAGUCGGGCGAAGGCCCCUGCGAAGAAGCCGAAGAGGAGGACGACUGGCUCUUGUGCGGAGUCUUCGAAAAUGAGAAGCAGCUGCCACUCGCGCGCUGGUCGACUUUCAGAGACGCAGUCGCCUUCAAGCGCCGCCUCGUCGCGCCACUCUUUGCCAGCAUCGAGUCCGCGGCCGCGGGCGUGUGUCUGAGUCGGCUGAGUGAAGAGAUCUCGCUGGCGCUUGCUGGCGGGGUUGCCGAAGGCAGUCGCGGCGCGCCGGAGCGCGACCCGCGCGGCGCGGAAGACGUUGAGCACCUCGCGCCGCUCUGCGAACUCGACAGGCUCCUUCGGCACGCGCAGCAGCAGUUCCUCUCUCUCCUGCCGCCGCCCGCGCUCGUGACCCCUCUCUCGAAUCUCUGUCUCUCCAUCUUAGAAACGCUGCUGGGCCAUGCCUGCGCGUGCGACGUCAGCGAGGAGUCCGAUCGCGCCUUCGUCGCGGCGGUCGUGGCGCGCGGCGAAGUCCUCCUCUCCGCCUUCUGGGCGAGCUUCCACAAGCACGUGCGGUCCGGCUCGGAGAUGCUUCGCAACGUGCGACGUCUGCUCUUCGCGGACACGCCAUUUCUGCUUCACGAGCUGCUUGAGGUUCUGACACAGAGCGGCGGCCUCUCAGCGUCCCCUGCCUCCUCUCCACUCGUCUCGACUUCGCUGCCGCCGCUCCUCGUCGCCUGUCACUUGCUCUGGCGCCUCGCGGCGCAUCGGCGCGCGCCGGCGCUUCGCCCGCACGUCCUCCUAGGCCUCCCCGGCGCGUCGGGGCUCCGCGACCUCGCGCGGCUCCUCGCCCUCGCCCUGCGCGCCUUCCGGCCGGCCGAGGGCCCUCUCAAAGGAGACGGCGAACGCGCCGAGCAGGCCGCGGCGCGAGCGGCCGAGGAGGCGCGCCGCGCGCUGCGGAAGCGCCUCGCGGCCGCAGUGGCGCAGCUGGAGGGGCGGCCGCCGGCGGAGGGGGAAGUCGACGCAGAGACGCCCAGGGCGCCUGCAGGGCGAGGCGGGCGGCUCAGGGAGCGCAGAAGGCGAGAUGACGCGCGCAGAGAGGAGGAGCUGCGGAUCCUCCUGCGCGUCGCGCGGCUGCUGCACGACGCGCUUCAAACGGCGCGCGGAGGCAGAGCGGAGGCGGCGACGCCGAUCCGCCGCGAAGACGCUCUCCCCAGUUCUCCAAGCGCCAAUCACGCCGCGGCCGCAGCGCCGCCGAGACCUGCCCCUCCCCUCGAUGCCGCCGGCAGCCUCCCCUGCGACGCGCAGCCUCUGCAACCGCCUCCGCAACUGCCUCUGCAGCCGCCGCAGCAUCGUUUGGCUGGCGAGGCCUCCUGCCCGGCGGAGCGAGAGGCCCAGAGGCCGCUGGGCGGGGCGGAGACCUGCGAAGCUGCGCGGCUGAGUCUGUCGGGCGCGCGUGCGGCUGCUUCGCCCUUCGCGGCCGCUGCGGCAUCGCCAACGCCCCCCUUUCCGGCGCAGACUCUCCCUCCUCAGGCGGCGGUCGCCGACGGCGCGAUGGGAGGCGCCGUGGCGCUUUUUUUGAAUCCAGAAACGCGAGAGAACGGCUGCGCAGACGCGGCGGAAAGCUGCAGCAGGGUCGCGCUCGCUGCGGAGCUGUGCGGCGGCGCGCGUCACGCAGGCGGAGGAGGGUUUGAACCGCGUGGUGGGGCGUGGAGGGCGCGAGAGGCAGGAAGAGAAGCAGACGCGGAUCAGAGCGGAAGCCUCGCAGCUCGUCCAACGCUGCCUCCACCUCCGCCUCUGCCCCCGAUGAUAUGA